CCUCGCAUCGCUGUGAACCGUGAACGAAUGAGAGAGAGAUCAAAGGCCUUCAUAAAAAGCAAUUGGGCUGAAAUAACACUGGACAAAAAGCCAGACGUCUGAAAAUAGAAGAGACAAAGACCUUGCUGUUGUUGUUAUUUUCGCUGUGAUAGCCAGCCCGAACGCCACGAUGGAAGUCGCUUCACCACUUACGAUAGCACAUGCUGCGGCGGGGACCAAGCGUUCCCUCGCUUGCUCUCCGGGUUUGAUGGAUAAUCCCUUUGUUACUAGCAGCAUGGAAAUUUCUGAUGAAAAUAACAACAAUAUGCAACGUGCGUUCAAGCGACGACGCUUCCUUCCGGACUCGGCAAUGGCGGAGACAAACGAUGGACCAACGGACUUUCCUUCCUUCAUGACCGCAGCAAUCAACAAAAACAAGAGUAUUUUUUCGAGCGCCAUCACUGCUAGUAGCAGCAAUGGACCUUCCUUCAAACGCUGCCGACAGGAUGCUCUCAGUCCUGUUCAGAGCCAAGGCGACUUGGAGCGCCUCGUCGAGACGCAAUCCAACGAAAUCGAAUGUCUCAAGAGUGCCAAGGCGAAUCUGGAGACGUCCUUGGCGAGUUUGAAAUCUGAGCACGAAAAGACGCUCAAUGAAAACCGCAUCCUGAAGCGGGCCGUAACAAUUCAACAGGAACGGCAGACACAGGCAUCCAACGACCUUGAGGCCGCUCGGCAUUUCAAGGUAAAUGCGGAGGACAACAUUCGACGACUGGAACAAAUGAUCUUUUCGCUACGCUACCAUCUCCAAGCUCAGCAGACACCUGGAAAUGAUUUCAUGGGGUUUCAGCCUCCGGAUGUGUACUAAAGGAUUCGUUCGGUACCAUCUGCUUCUCUUUCGAAUAUAAUAUGUCGCCCGGAUAAUGGAUUGUGCCGGGUUGUUUUGAAGACUAUUCCGCUUCACGGCUAGUGCCCCGUGAUGGCCAAGAGGAAGCAAACAAAAAUGGGCAUACUCAUUCUGACAAUUACUGCUUCUCGGGGUUUCGCCCGCAUUGUUGGUUGAGGUACAGAAAAUAAUAAUAAAUACAUCUUUGCAAUCUUUUGGCUCUCAAUUGGGUUGUUAUGAUGUUUUUGUCCUCGUCUUCUGCACGAACCUUCUAGUCUAGCUAGUUGCAGGAUUGGGUGAGACGAGACUCGCAAUGCUCCCCAUAGUUUCAGGCUAGUAGCGAUGAUACCUAGCUAGCAUCGUACCACUGGUGCAGACGCCAAGCUGCCAUCCGAGACGAGCAUAUGUACGGCGGGGAGGAGGCGCCUGUCCUCGAGGAGUACCGUAGCUAGCCACCAAAUACCACACUCAACACAGCAAAA